AUGAUCGUUAGCAUAGGUCCUCUCAUUCCUAAUGGGGCUGCUGCUACUUCCGGCCUCGUGCAGGAGGGUGAUGAACUUGUCUUGAUUGAUAGUGCCUAUGUCUCUGGAGCCCAACAUCGAUUGGUGAAGCAAAUUCUGGAGCUUGUUGGAGCUCAGCAACAAGAAGUGACUUUGGGCUUGAGACGCUUUAACAGGCCUCUUCCUCAGGUAGUUUGUUUUACUUUAUUUGGUGAAUGUGUAGUAAAUGGUGCGUAUAGGUUAUUCAAUUAUGACUAUUUAUUUUAUUUCAUUUAUACCUCAAACUGA